AUGGAUGAGCUUUGCCGAAUGGCUAAUUACCGCCCGGAGGAAAUCUUCGCGGGACCUCUUCCGCAUGUUCAGCACGAUGAAAGUUUGGCUUGGGGUUGCUUUGACUCGAAUGACUGGUCGGAAACGUUAUUCAAAUUCAUGGUAGGGCUGUAUUCUGAUGGUUUACCAGAUCUGAACUGGUUUCUUAAUAUUGCUGCAUCGCCCUGCUCUCCAACUCUACUCGCUCCUAAGAAGAGCUCACCAACGGUGCCCAAAAAGAAGCGGAAAUCGUAUCAUCCAAAUCAUCACGUUAUCGAUCCCUCCGCUCAAGUCGACUACUAUGCUACGAAUCUGAAGCCUCCGUUGAGCUACGCACAACUGAUAAUGGAUGCGAUGGCCGAGCGACAAGUGGACAAGAUCACUUUAUCUGAAAUUUAUGAUUAUGCUGCGAGACGAUACGCAUACUAUAGGAGUUCUAAAGGCCCCUGGAAGAAUUCAAUACGGCAUAACUUAUCCUGCAAUCAGCUGUUCAAAAAAGUGCCGAGGAAAAGUGGAGAGAAAGGAAAAGGAUCGUAUUGGUCUCUCAAUGAUGCUAGUUCUCACGUCUCGUGUAAGAAAACCAAAACCAAGGUUGAAGCAGAAGAAAAUAUUUGCAAAUCCACAUCUCGUGUUAACACGGCAGUCCUCCACUACAUGGAUUCACUACGAAGUCAAAGAAGAGCUAUUGCUCCACAUGAUAUCUCCCUCCUUGACGAUGGCGAAUCAGUUUUCGACGACCAAGUCCUUAUAAAUUACGAGGGAAACUCGUCAUCGGGCUCUUCGGUACAGAUGGAACGCUCCGAGUCUUCUUAUACAGACGUUGGAUUGUCAUCCGACGAAGGAUUACAAAGCGACUAUAGCUGGCAUAGUGAUAUGGGCCAUUAUGAUCUCGAUGGAAUGGAUGCGGUGCCCAUGGUAGGACAAUUCGAAGAAUUUCAAUGUAAUACUUUUGAUAUCGAUCCUAACACACCUCCACAGUGGCAGGAUGUCGAUCAGUAUUACGACGAACUAAUGCGAUUAGAGGGAGAGGACAACUUAUAGCUCGAUUUUAACACACUUGUAUGCUUUCAAAACUGUGCUCUAGUGCUCAUGUGCAAUGUUUUUCUUCUCGCCUAUGGCUCGUUUAAACACACAUCUGUUCGUUUUUGAUCACUUGCAGACGCACGUGUCUAGUCGUUUUUCUGUGCCACAUCACAUCGGUUUCUUUCAUUCUUUCAUUCCAGUCAGC